GCGGCCGCCCAUAAAAGCGCUGGCCCGGGCCAGGGCUGCAUCCACCGCUGCGGCCUCGCUCUGCUCAGCCCAAGGGCAGCCUCAUCUCCUCUCUCACGCCAACAUGUCCUGCUACGACCUGUGCCCUCCUCGCAGCAGCGCGGACCUGUGUCCCCCCCGCAGCAGCGUGGCCGUGCCCCAGCCCAUCGCUGAGAGCUGCAACGAGCUGUGCGCCCGCCAGUGCCCCGACUCGUCGGCCUUGAUCCAGCCGCCGCCCGUGGUGGUCACCUUCCCCGGCCCCAUCCUCAGCUCCUUCCCCCAGCAAGCCGUGGUGGGCUCCUCCGGAGCCCCGGCCUUUGGCGGCUCCCUGGGGCUGGGCGGCCUCUACGGCGCCGGCGCCACCCAGGCCUCGGGGGGCCUGUGCACCUUUGGCAGAGCCUACGCUGCUCCCGCCUGCAGCCCUUGCGCCUUGCCCCGCUACAGCAAGAAGCUCUGGGACACCUGCGGGCCCUGCUAGAGCCGCCAGAGCCCAGCCCGAGCAGCCGCGCCCGCCUCAGCCCAGCCCGCACAAGCUGAGCUCGCCACAAGCUGCCCCGGCCUCCUGCAGCCCGUGACACCCGGCCUGCCUGGGGCCUGCCCAGCGCCCCUCUGCCAGCCCCUCCCGCCCUGCUCCCCACAAUAAACUC